GUGGGCUAUACCAGUCGUUAAAAAUAUGAAUGACAAGUAAACGACUUAACUGCCAGCUCAGCCAAAAACGUUAUAUGAGGAAAUAGCAAGCAUUUUUGAAACGAUCUAUUUGAGAUACAACUGUAAGGUGGGGUUUGAAGUGUUUUUAUUCUGAAAUGUAUGCUUUAGCCACAAAAUAUGAGUAAAAGAUGAGUUGACAACAUUAUUUGGGUAUGAGUAGCACAACAUGAGCUUUUAAAAGUGAGAUUUUUCACUGGACAGUCAUUUACUUUAAACUCUGUCAUUACAGCUCCACAAGCGGCUGACAACCAAUCAGCAUUCACGGUUCAAACCACCCGUUUAUAAUAUACAGGGCAGCACUACAUAGUUAAUUACUGAUCAGAGUGACUUUGAUCAAAGAUCAGGCUUUUCAGUGUGAGUAAAAGCAUCAGUUUAGUAGGCAACUAUCUUCACUGCCAGUCUGCCACCAAGCUUCUUGUCAUAACCUAGUAUCAGGGUGUGAGUGAGAGAACCAUUUGUAUUUAUUUAUUGAAUCAUAAUUAAGCACGCCUCAUUAUCAUGCUAAUCAGUUGGUGACCUGUGUGUGGAGGGUUGCCCACAUAAAAGGAUAGUUCAAACUUCCAACUAACAUUUUACUCUCUGUAUCUCAGGAAAUAAGGUUAUCUUGUCCGAUCCCAGUCCGUCUUGCAACUCAAACCACAUUCAAGGCCGCUUUCUCCACCGGUGACAACAUGGCAAUGCCAAUGGAACUUGAGCUGACGCAUGUGGAGCUGAAGCAUGUGGAGCUGAGAGAUGGAGACCAGUUCAAAGUAAAGGGGAGGAUUAUGUUCCAGAUCGACCUGGCACUGCACUUUAACCCACGUUUCAAUGAUGACACUGAUGGCACUGUGCUCGUGUGCAACUCAAAGAUUGCCGGCUGCUGGGGGGAUGAGAAGAGAGAGAUCCACAAUCCACUCCAACAGGGUUCUAUAUUCAAGAUUGUACUGAAGCUGAUGGGUGACAUGUUUGAAGUGGAGAUGCCUGAUAGACAGGAGAUCCAGUUCCCCAAUCGUGAGGGCCUAGACGUCAUUACCUACAUUCGUAUCAAAGGAGACCUCAAAAUUAUUUCUUUCAAAAUCUACUAG